UAUUUUUUUACUUGAAUAAAACAUUCAAAACCCGUAAUCAUCUCGUUAAUAAAAUAAUUCAUUUAAAAUGUCAACAGCAGCAUAAACGACACUUGCACUUUUGCACCGAGAAAAACAAAUAUCUAAAAGACUUUUACGCAUACAUACAUAUAUAAAAAAUGCUAAAAUAUAAAUAUAUACCACCGCACAAACUUAGAUCACAAUCACAAAAUCCCACACCGGAACCCACGCCACGUCUCAGCACCAAAUCUACACAAUCCGCCUCACCGUACAUUCUACAAAAUUCCAGUGACUAUUACGGCAGCGCCAAUUCGAUCGGCAGCACACCGCAGAGCCUGCAACGCAACACGGAUAUACGCGGUUCGAAUAACUCUUUGACAUCGUCUGCUGGUGGCACUAUACGCUCACGUAAAUCUCGGAGAGCGCCACCACCACCCACACCGCUGGCCAAAGAGUUAUUCCCGACGUCAUCGCCGACCGUUACAGCGCCCACUGUGCCGCCACCGCCGCCGCCUUCAGUGACGAGCGUUGAUCGUCAAACCGACAGCUCAAAAGCAUCUACACCCAGUUCGAGCACUGUGGGCACACCGAAAUCAAGUCGCAAGAAACGUCUAGCGCCAGCGCCACCAAAACCAGCACGACUCGAUCCCAGUUUGUUACCAACGGAGUCACAACAAGCGCAAACGCAACAACAACCCACGGCGUCAAAAAACUCAUAUAAUUACCCUCUGCAAAGUGAAAUAUCCGACUCGAAACUAUCCGAUGAAGAGAAAGCUUUGUUGGAGGGUAAACAGUUGUCAGUGCGAGACAACAUAAACUUUAAACUUGUUGAAGAAAUAACGCCCACAAGUCGUCGUAGUUCACGUCGCAUCAUACCGCUCGAUGCUAGUUUACUGGAAGAUGAACAGAAUGACGCUGACUUGGAGGGUGCUCCAAAUGGUGAUGGUAGCGGCAAGUGCGAUGAUGCCAAACAAAAACAGCAACUUCUACGAUAUAGCGAGCAGCAAGAGGAGACGAAUGUCGUGUAUCGACGUGUCAUAGUGCCACCCAGCAUGGAAACGCCGACACGCGAAACCAAUCCAUUGCUCGAUAGUCUGCACGGUCGUCAGCUGGAGAAGUUAAAGGACAAUAAGGAGGCGCAAAAUCGCAAUCGACAAUCACAAAUAUCAGCAUCAUCGGGUGCGGAAGACUGCGACAUCUCGUCGACGCCGUACAACAAAUCGGCGCAUGGCAAGUGGAAACGCCGUAAAGGACCAGCGCCGGCGUUGCCCAUACCGCCUCGUAAAGUGCUCCAAAUGUUGCCAUUGCAAGAAAUACGCCACGAACUGGAGAUCAUCGAAGUGCAACAGCAGGGUCUCGAAAAGCAAGGUGUCAUUUUGGAGAAAAUGAUACGUGAUCGUUGUGAGGGUCAGAAUGGCGAGCUUUUAGGCACCAAUACGACGGCUGGAGAUGCGCCAGAUGGCAGUAAAAAGCCGUCGACAGGCGGUACGGCGGAGCAUGUGCAGAAUUCAAAAGAGGUGGAAGAUCUGAUACUACAAUUGUUCGAGUUGGUGAACGAGAAGAACGAGCUGUUUCGUCGUCAGGCCGAGCUUAUGUAUCUACGACGUCAACAUCGUUUGGAACAAGAACAAGCAGAUUUGGAAUAUGAGAUACGAGUGCUCAUGGCUCAGCCCGAACGCAAUAAAACGGAUUCGGAUAAAGCACGCGAAGAAACACUCAUAGCACGACUGGUAGAGGUCGUACAAUUGCGAAAUGAAGUCGUGGAAUGUUUAGAAAUGGAUCGACUGCGCGAGGCCGAAGAAGAUUUGAGUAUUAAACAACGCUUAGAAAUGCAUACUGCACAGCGUGAAGAUGACUCAGACUCCAAGAAACUUUCAGUGAAGCUUUCCAAAAAGGAAAAGAAAAAACAAAAGGAGUCAAAAAGGCUGAGUAAAAGCAAGAAAAUUGAUGCGGACAAGGACGCUGAUGAAUCCGAACUGAAUAUGGAUAAACAGAAAUUGAAAAAGAAAAAGAAGAAAUUUCUAUUUUGAAAGCAGACUGAGAAAUACUAUUCCGGCCGUUGGAAGUAGAGAAGCAAACUUGCAGCCGUUUUGUGAUAAUACUAUGAAAGAAAUAUUUUCGGAAAAUUUUUUUUAAAAAUGUCUUAACUGGCACUAAAGCGUUAGUUUCGAAUUUAAGCUGUAAAUUUUCGGCCUUCACACGAGACACAUUUCCAUUGUUGAAGAUUUACUAAUGCAGCUUUGUGAAAGAAUUCCUUGCUCGUAUUAUUUGCAACAUUUUU